AUGGCAGCCCGGCGCGACCUGAGGUGGUCGCGACUGUUACUGUGGAGAUUGUGGCAGCCCCGGGGGGUUCCACAAAACCCGAGAUCGGGCCUGGGCCCAGACGUGAGGACUUACACCCGGAGCGACGGCCCGUACUCACGCACGGCGCUCUAUGAUCUGCUCGGCGUUUCCCCCACGGCCACGCAGGCGCAAAUCAAGGCGGCUUACUACCGGCAGAGCUUCCUCUACCAUCCGGACCGCAACUCGGGGAGCGCUGAGGCUGCCGAGCGCUUCACGCGCAUCUCCCAGGCUUACGUGGUGCUGGGCAGUACCACCUUGCGUCGCAAGUAUGACCGCGGCCUGCUGAGCGACGAGGACCUGCGCGGUCCGGGCGUCCGGCCUUCCAAGACGCCCGCCGCCGACCCCGAGAAGCCCCGUACCCCUCCGCCCGGCCCUCGGGCCCCCGGCCGCGGUCCGGCCUCGCCGGGAGCCAAGCGCACCAUGUUCGACUUUGACGCCUUCUACCAGGCGCACUACGGUGAGCAGCUGGAGCGCGAACGGCGCCUGAGGGCGCGCCGGGAGGCCUUCCGCAAGAUGCAGGAGGACCGGGCCAAGAAGGGCUUACGCUGGGACGAGACCCGAGACUUGGCUUUCGUUCUCGUUCUGCUCACCGUUUUCCUCAUCGUGAGCUCUCGUAUUUAA